UCCUUCAGUUGGGGUGUCCGUCAGUCAUCAUCAGUGGAGCGCACUUCCGCCAACGCCGAAUUGCGAUCUUCCCGCCGUCCGCCGCAAACGCACGCAGCAUCAGUCACCGGCGGCAGCGAGCCCAGGGCUAACAGCGCGACCGGACGAUGACAGCUGUCCGGCGGCACGCGGGCGCGAAGCCCAGGGGCGGCGCCGCGGGGAAGAACCCGUGGCUGGCGGCGGACGGGAGCAAGCGCUGGGGGGAGACGUUCUUCCUGCUCUACACCCCCUUCUGGCUCACGCUCUGCCUCGGCGUCGUCGUCCCCUUCAAGCUCUACGAGAGGUUCACGGAGCUGGAGUACUUGGUUCUCGCAUUGGUGUCAACCCUGCCUGCUUUUCUCCUCCCUCUGUUCUUCGUAGGGAAGGCGGAUAGUAUUAGAAGCUUGAAAGAUCGUUACUGGGUCAAGGCUAAUGUUUGGAUCAUGAUUUUCAGUUAUGUUGGCAACUACUUUUGGACACAUUACUUCUUCACAGUUCUUGGUGCGUCAUAUACUUUUCCAUCAUGGAGGAUGAAUAAUGUACCCCAUACUACAUUUCUUCUGGCUCAUUCCUGCUUCUUAUUGUAUCACAUGGCAUCAAAUAUGACACUUCGUAGAUUGCGUCACACUACAGCUCAUCUGCCACAGUCUGUUCGGUGGUUCUUUGAUGCUGCAUGGAUUUUAGCAUUCUCAUACUUUUUUGCCUACUUGGAGACUCUAGCCAUUACAAAUUUUCCGUACUAUGAAUUCGUUGAUCGGGACGCAAUGUACAAAGUUGGAUCAAUGUUUUAUGCAAUAUACUUCCUUGUCAGCUUUCCAAUGUUCGCAAGGAUCGACGAAAAAGCAGAGAAGUGGGACCUUGGCAGGGUAGCCGUCGACGCUCUCGGUGCAGCAAUGCUCGUCACGAUAAUACUCGACCUGUGGCGCAUAUUCCUGGGGCCAAUCGUACCCAUACCUGAAUCAAAACGGUGCGGCCAGCCGGGGCUUGCAUGGUUCUAGGUGCAGAACGAAAGCGUCUAGUUCAUAAACGCCGUGGAUUCCUCUUUCUUGUGUGUACCGCCGACCGUACGGCGCUGCUGUUGUUCUGCAAGACUGUCCACUUCUGCAUUGGAGAUGGAAAUUACUGAGCGAAGGCGUGAUUCUUGUCGAUGGAUGAACUCAUUGUUUGCAUGUACUAAUAGUAUUUUCUUCAUGGUCAUAGCCCCAUAGCCGACUGGUCGUAGAUAUUAAGCUGGAUAUUCGAACUCUUGUCGUAGGAUGCAUGCACAUCAGGCAAAUGAAUAAGCUUUUUCUUUUGUUUU